AUGGCUUCAGAUCAGCUAAGGAGGGAGAACAAAACCGGUGAGCGAGAGAUUCAUGUCGAAAAAGACAAGGUCCCGAAAAUGGCUAGUCAUUUUGAAUCGCUCACUGUCAAAGAUACCGGUGACGCCGUGGUAUCCCACCACGUCAUCGGAACCAUGGGUGGUAAAGAUGAUGAAAUGCAUGGUCAAAGCAAAACGCAGAAAGAUAAGACACAAGAUACUACUACCAUGCAAAGCAGGGAACAUGGCAAAGCGGGGGAGGCUCAUAAGCAAAGUGGUGACGUACAAGAGCAAUACAAAGGGCCUUCUCUUGAAGACAUCUCGAAGCUUAGAGGAACUGCACAACAGAACUCCAUGGAAGCCAUUAGAGCCGCCGAGGAACGGCACCAGAAGGCGAAAGAGAUGGGCGCCUCUCAAGGCCAAAAUGUCAGUCAGUCUGCAAGCCGGCCAAAAGGUCAGCAGUCGAAAGUGAGUGCAACUCAAACCGGCCAUAAGGGUCAGCAAACAAGUGAGCAGACUAAAAAUAGCGUUUCUGGUGUAACCCAAACAGCAUCGGAAAAGGGUGCCAAGGCUAAAGAUUACGCCGUUGAAAAGGGUCGACAAACUGGUGAGCAGGCAAGAGAGAAACUUUCUGGUGCAACACAGACCGCAGCUGAGAAGGCUGCAAGGGCUAAAGACUACACCGUCGAGAAAGGCCAACAAACCGGUGAGCAGGUAAGAGAGAGCCUUUCCGGUGCAACCCAAACUGCAGCGGAGAAGGCUGCGAGGGCAAAAGAUUACGCCGCCGAGAAGGGACAACAAACUGGUCAGCAGGCAAAGCAGAGCCUAACUUCCGCCGCUCAAACUGCUGCAGAGAAGGCUGCAAGAGCCAAAGAUUACACUCUCGAGAAAGGUCAACAAACAGGUCAGCAGGCAAAGCAGAGUCUUACAUACGCCGCACAAACCGCCGCAGAGAAGGCUGCAAGAGCAAAAGACUACACUCUCGAGAAAGGUCAGCAAACCGGUCAGCAGGCAAGAGAGAGCCUUUCAGCAGCCACUCAAGCCGCAAUGGAGAAGGCAGCGAUGGCAAAAGAUUACACUUUAGAGAAGUCCGUUCAGGCCAAAGACGUAGUUGCAGAAAAGACAACCGGAAUAACGGAUACGGCAGUGGAUGUGAGCAAGAAAGGGGCAAGUUACGUCGGAGAAAAAGCUGUGGCGGCUAAAGACGUUGCAUUGGAAACAGGGAAGACAACCGCCGGGUACGUAGGCAAGGUGGCGGGUGUGGUGAAAGACAAGGCAGUGGUAGCGGGGUGGAGUGCUGCGGAGCUUGCUGGUGAUACAGCGGUGGGUGUGACUAAGACAAUGGCAAAUGUGACCGCCGGAGUAGCUGGUUUUGCCGGCGAUACAGCAGUAGCGACAAAGGAUGUGGUGGUUAAAGCGGGCACGAAAACCAAGGAUAUGGUGGUGGGAGCCGAGGAGAAUGUCAAAGACUAUGCUGCGAGGAAGAAAGCCGAAAAGCUGAGAGAAUUAGAAGCCAAAAACGCCAAGGAUGAAGGUGAAUUUGGUGGACAGCGAAACGAGAGCGAGAGUGUAGGGGAGAUGGCAUCUGAUUUCAUGAAUCAAGGGACAGCGACCAACAAAGGGUACGAUGAACAGGGUGGAUAUGAACAAAGUUUUGAGCAUGAAGGAAUGGAAGAAGGUGGUUUCGAGAAGCAAAGUGGUGGUGGUGGUGCGGCGGCGGGAGGUGUGAUGAGGGUGAUCGGCGAGACAUUGGUGGAAAUAGGACAGAAUACAAAAGAGAUGCUGGUUGGGCAAGGUGAUUACAAGGGAGAGCAGCAGAUUGGUGAAGGAGGUCGUAAGAGCAGAAGGCAGUGA